GUUUGCACUUUGAAACAAUGUUUGUGAUAUGUUCUAAAACAAAUAGACAAUGUUGAAAUAUUUCUACGUAAUUUUAAAAAAAAUGUUUCGAACCAUCCAAAAAAUAAACAUGUUCACACGUUCAAAAAUAUGUUUGUGACAUUUAAGAUGAUAGUUGUGUAUAGUUGUGUACGCGAUGUAAAAAAGUAUGCGUACCUUGAAUAAAUGUCUUGUACCAUUCAGAAAUGCAUACCCUUUUCUUAAUAGUUUGCACUUGUUAAAAAUAUGCUUUAGAGUUUUUAGAAAACGAAAAAUGUCAUUUAUUUUUGAACUGUAUUUGGAAAAAUGAUUAAUAUGUAUUUGGAAAAAUAUUCAUCAUUUAUUCCAAAAGUGUGUUUUUAACACAGUAUAGACGUAAGCGUUUAUAUAUACGCGCAUACACUCGUCCCUAUGAACGCACACAUGCAUAUCCUACCCCUAUGAGCAUUUUUGAGAGACUGAACUGAAAUAAUGCUUUUACGAAGUCAUUGUCUCCAAUGAUGCUUUUACGAAGUCACCGUCUCCCACUAAAACCCUGAUGGGCUGGGGAUAGCACAGUCCCUCAAACCAUCCAAUCACAUGUUGGUUUGUUGUUUUAAAAGUGUACAAGAUGUGUCAAAAGAAUGUUCCACGUGUAUAGAAAAAUUGUACACCUUGCAUUUAAAAACUAGAUAUGUAUUUGAACAAGAGAAAAAUACAUAAAAACCAAUAAUAAAACAUAGUAAAACAGAAAAAAAAAGACACAUAGAAGAUCAAAAAAACAUUCCAUAUCGCUCAACAGAAUCUUUCUAAAACCACUAAAUUGACCGGCCCACUAAGGGCAUGUAUAAGAUAAAAGGAAUUAUUUGCCGUGGUUAGCCCCAACCGGCUGACAUCUCUUUAUAUUGAUUAGAUCAACUUGUAUAACAAGGAAUACAUGAGGUAUACAACACGCACACGUAUAUAUAGAAAAUACAACUCUAACACCCCCCUCAAUCUAAACCGUCGUGAACAAGGUUGAGAUUGGAACUAAAACGACGAAGUGUGAGCUGAGAAGUAGGCUUCGUGAAUACGUCAGCCAAUUGAUCGUCAGUGGAGAUGAACCAAACAUCAAGAGCACCCAAAGCGCACAAAGUGAAAAUCAACCUCGAUAUGCUUGGUGCGGGCAUGAAAAACUGGAUUGGCAGAUAUGUAUGUGGCGCCAACAUUGUCACACCACAAGUUGAUGACAAGAAGAUCAUGUGUUGUGUACAUGAAGUUAGCAAGAAGAUCAUGGCAGAGCUUGGCGAUAAACAAUUCUCGGUGCUUAUUGAUGAAUCACGUGAUAUAUCUGUGAAAGAGCAAAUGGCUGUGAUGUUGAGGUUUUUGAAUGACGAAGGGAAGGUUGUGGAAAGAUUUCUUGCUCUGCAUCAUGUCAAAGAUACUACGUCCAACUCACUAAAGGAUGCACUUUAUGGUAUUCUUGAUCAUUAUAAGUUAUCAAUUUCAAGGAUACGGGGUCAAGGAUAUGAUGGGGCUUCAAAUAUGAGAGGUGAAUUUAACGGUUUGCAGAAAAAGAUCAUAGAUGAAAACCCUUAUGCUUUCUACGUUCAUUGUUAUGCUCACCGCCUGCAGUUGGUGGUUGUGUCUGUUGCUAGUAGUUGCUCAUCUAUUCAUGAUUUCUUUGAGUACAUCUCCUUGAUUGUGACUACAACAACAUCUUGCAAGAGAAGGGAUGCAUUGAUCGAGGCACAACACCAAGAUAUUCUGGAUAGACUUGAGAGUGGUGAGAUAUCUACUGGAAGGGGCUUGCACCAAUCAUCUACUCUUCCUAGACCGGGAGAUACUAGAUGGGGUUCACAUCAUACUACCUUACUUCGUUUGGAUCAAAUGUGGUCCUCUGUGUUAAAGGUGCUUAGUACAGUUGAUGAAUAUGGACGUGGACCAUCUCAAGCAGCGGGUUUGAUAGAAAAAAUGGAGAGCUUUAAAUUUGCUUUCAUUUUAAAGCUUAUGUUGAAGUUAUUUGGCAUCACAAAUGAGCUUUCAAAAGUAUUGCAAAGAAAAGAUCUUAAUAUUGUUCUUGCCAUGGAAUUAGUUAAUGAUGUUAAGGCUCGGUUGGAAACGAUCAGAGAGAGUGGUUGGGACAAUUUAUUUGGUGAUGUCCAAGAAUUUUGUGAUGCUAAUAGUAUUCUAGUACCAAAUAUGGACGAAGUAAUACCAGUUCGUGGUCGUUCAAGGAGAGAGGGAUAA